AUGAGCAAAAUCUUCACCGAAGAUUCAAACGAUCAGGCUGCGGGAACCUUCAAAGGAUGCGAAUCCAAAUGUCAGCCGGACAGCUGCUUGUCUUGGGUGGUGUGUGCUGCAUCAACGAUGUCGAUAGCCAUCACUGCUGCUAUAUCGUACAGCUUUGGGUUAUUGCUCCCCCCUUUGACGGAGAGCUUUGAGGAAACGCGACAAGCCAUAGCUUGGAUCGGUUCUUUGUACAUGGCGAGCGGUUGCAUCUUCAGCCCCGCAGGUUGCUUCAUCAGCGAUCGUUUUGGUCACAGGUUCACCGCCGUCAUGGGUUCGUUUCUCGGGGUAGUCGGGUUCUUUCUUGCCUCGUUUUCCUCAAAACUUUGGAUGAUGUACCUAACGUUUGGUGUUUUAUCAGGCAUUGGGCAUGUGAUGGUUUACAACUCCUGUUACUUGAUGGUUCUUCUCUAUUUUGUCAAAUGGCGCUCGGUGGCUGUCGGUAUUGUUUCGUCGGCACCGGCCAUUGGAAUGUUCGUGACCACCCUGGUCACGCAGUUUGUAUUAGACACGUGGGGAUGGCAAUGGACAAUAAAAGUGUUCGGUUUGCUAAAUUUGAUUUGUGGCUUGUGUGCAACUGUCUUUGCACCCCUCGAUAAUGGCCUCGACGAAAUCUCUGACAGCGAAUUUACGACUCGCAAGUCGAGGAAGAAAGAAGCAGCAAGUCAACGAAGCUCGCUUCUCGAGAACUAUCCAUUUGUAAUCAUAUCAACGUCACUAUCUGUGGUUCAUUUCAGCUAUUUCGUACCAAUCAUGCACAUAGUAAAGCAUUGCAAACAAGAGCUUCGCAUACCUGGAAACAAAGCCUCCAUGCUGUAUACCUACAUGGGAAUAACGUCCUUCAUAAGCCGCCAUCUAUUUUGCAAGUUGGGAGACUUAAAGUAUCUGAACAGAUUCCAUCUGUAUCAAGGGGGUAUGACUAUAAGUGGGCUGUGUGUACUUUGCUUACCAUUGGCAAGAUCGUUUGGAUCGAUUGCAGCGAUAUUUACAGUUUUUGGACUGAUGGAUGGAGCAAUGAAUGGCCAAUAUGCCUUGCUGCUUUUGGAAUGCACAGGACGACGCCAAGUCAACCGAGCUUGGGGAUAUAUGAUGCUCUUUUCCGGUUUAAGCGUUGGCCUCGGUUCUCCCUUAGCUGGUCUGAUGGCAGACGAGCUCGGCUCGUACAUCACCCCAUUUUACACGGCAGGGGCAAUACAAAUCGCAGGGGCGUCGGUCACUUCAUUGAUGACUUGCGUUAAACGAGGAUUACCAGAAGAGGCCGAAACAAAAGCAUCCAUUGACGAAGAACUUUUGGUUACAGAAAAGCUUACAGUCGUUUAG